CGGAGGGGGAGGAGGAGUUCGAGGACAACGAGGAGGAUAGGAGGGCGGUCGAGGGUGGAGCUGAUGAUGGUGACAGUGGUACAUAGGACAUGGAGGUGCGGCGAGAGGUGGAGCGUGCCAGGGGAAAGAUGAGGAGGGAGAAGGCCGUUGACGAGGAGAGCACCCCUGACGAGGACGAGGACGGCGACGAUGACGAUCAGGGAGCAGACAUUGGGGCCUCUCUGGAUGGGGGCCUGAUGGCCGAUGGCCGUCGUGGCCAAGAGGGGGCAGCCAAGGCGAUGAACGAGGCUGCGGGAUCGAAGAAGAGAAAGAGGAAGGCGAAGAUGACUCCCAUUGAGGCGAGAUCACCACCUUCUCAGCCGAAGAAGAGCAGAGUUCUUCGACAGACGUCCGUGCUGGAGACCUUCAAUCCGGUGUGGCAACGAGAUUUUUCCAACUCCUUUCUGCAGUGGUGGUACGUGAGCGGUAUUCCAUUUGAGGCGGCGAGGAGGCCAGAGUAUCACACGAUGAGGAAGAAGUUGCUCGAGUGUCCGCGGUACACACAUCCGGCAUUGCCCACGCACAAUGUCAUCUCCUGCGAUGGCAUCCCUCAACAGCAGCGAGUUGUGGCGGACAUGGUGGCGGUCGUCCGCAAGGACAUUGAGGCGACGGGAGCGACCAUCCUCACGGAUGGUCGCAAGUCCAUCACGAGUGACCAGAUAGUCAACUUCCUUGCUGUUGGGCCAACUGGAGCGUACCUUUUCAGGACUGUGCAGUGGGACGGUGCUGUUCAGGAAACAGCAGAAGCCGUCGUGGAGCGUUGGAAGGACGUGUUUGACAGGUUCGGUGUCGACAAGGUCAACGCCAUCUGCACUGAUUCGGCAUCUGCAUACGUGGCUGCAUCCAAGCUCCUCGCGCAGGAGGAAGUCAAGUACAACCACAUCACUUGGCUUCCGUGCGCGGUCCAUGUCUGCAACUUGUUGUUGUCAGACAUGGCGAAGGACGGGUGCGACGGGAACCUUGGGAAGAGGGAGGACACCAUCAACAGGGCUCGAGCUGUCGUGCGUUUCAUCAGAGAGCAGGGGGCGUCUCUCAACCUUUAUCGACCGUUCUCUGUUGCCCACCCUUCUUCUGCCUCCACGGCGGCGGGCAGUUGUAGCGUGCGGUACGCGCCAUUCUGGGAGCACGUGGAGGACAUCGUGGAGUUGAUGACGCCUGUGAUGCAGUUGCUACGACGUUUGGAGAGGGGGGGACGCCUGAUGACUCGCAUGUGGUCGUGGGGUUUAGCCAUGGUUGAUAGGGUGGCGAUAGCGAGCCUAAACAGGACGUGGAAGGACGAGCUCCACAUCGUUGUUCAGGCUUGUCAGGCGAGGGUCGCUCAUAUGUUGGAGCUCGCACAUUGCAUGGCCCACCUCCUCAACCCGCGACACAGGAGCAUUACAUUUUUUGGAGCGGCGCAGCGAUCCGAGCACGACAAGACACUGACAGACGAGUCGCUGCGAUACCUUCGCCAACAGACUGGUGGUGACAAGGAUCUGUAUCAGACGUUACACACGCAACAGGCGGAGUUUCAUUGUCGGGAGGGUGAUUGGACGUAUGGAGGGGUUGAGGGAGACAGGGACGCGGCCUCCUGGAGAGGGGAGGAGGAGACGUCACAGAGGCGUAACCAGCUUGGUUUCAUCAAGCUGACUCGUUUGGUGGAGAUAUCCACCAACUUGAGAUUGAGUCGUUGUCAGGGGAGGGGUUCAUGGUACGUUCUUCCAUGGGAGGAUGGUGAGGAGGAGACAGAGGACGUUAUUCCUCCGCCUCGUGACGAGGGUGUUUGGCCAGCUGACCGAGUCACCGAGGCACAGCGCGACCGGCAGGUCCAACGCGGGCGGAAGGAUCACCUUUCGAAGGCACCACCCAGCGUUGCGACGUAUUUCGGUCGUCGCGCCACAGUGCUCAUGGCGACUGAGUUAGAGUCGGUCUACGAUCCCGAGCCUGAUCCCAUGGCUCAGGACCCGAUGGAGGCCGAGCCGUGGUCGGAUCCGGACGACCUGGCCGUGGAGUUAGAGCCUGGAGGUUCUGAUGAUGAUGACGAUGACACUCCUCUCAUCCUGAUUCCACGUCCUCGCACACGUGCAUCCACGGCGACCGCUGCACCGUCUCCCGCAGCACGCCCUCCUUCGAGUACUCCUGGCGUCCCGCUACGAGGCCCAGUGGACAGUGCUGAGGGCACGACGCCACACCCUUCAGCCGAUCGUCGUAGACAUGGUGAGCAGAGGACUCGCGAGUACGUUGAGGAGGGAGACGACGGCGACUACAGGGAGGGAUACGAGGGCAACAAUGAGGAUGAGGAUGAUCCCGGCUAUUCCCCGACACGCCGACAUGGUGACGACGACGACGACGACGAGGGCGGCGACGGUACACAGCCUGCGGGUGGUUUGCGGAGGUCCGAGAGACAGCGUGGCGACCGAUGCAGUAGUGCAGGCAGGGGAGGCAGUGGGCCGGGUGUUGGGGGUGCAGGGCACACAAGCGGUGCAGGGCGUGGUGGCGGAGGACAAGCGAGGCGCGAAUCUGCAUCGUCCACUCACACUGUGCACUGGGUUGAUGAGGGGAAGCGCACCGUGUCAGCUGAGGUUGCUCCCUCCCCUACAGAGGUCGGUUCGUCCCCUGCAGAGUUCGCAGCGGCGUCUGCGGAGGGCGCAGGCGGGUUUGCAGAUGUUGGUGGCGAGGGUGUACAGGUUGGGAGGCCAUCUGCACAGUUGGGUGCCAGUUUCAGCGACGACAUUUUUGAUGUUUCGUUAAGGCUUCCCACGACACCGGCAGGGGAGCGUGUUACUGGCGAUGCGGACGCAGCGGCUACGCCCGUCAGUCAGAUACUUCGUGGUAUACCUUCAUGCAGCGAGGGUGACAUCAGUAGUAGCAUGUUGCAGGAGGCAGCAGAGGGGACACAGGGUUCGUCGGGGCAGCACGAGCAUGCAACAGGGGAUGAUGGGGAGUGUCGACCUUCGCAGGAGCGGGCGGCAGAGUUAGAGCAGGAUAGGAUCGACCGCGAGGAGAAGAGGAGGGCGAAGGACUUGGCUAGCCACUGCGAGAUGACACAGAGUAUUGCGUCGAGGGCACGUGCAGAGCGGAUGCUCGAGACGGGCAUUGCGGCAGGAGAUGCACAGGUCGAGUGCGGCGGUGCGGGCGGAGGGGAUGCAGGCGAGAGACCUGCGUCGCCAAUUCAGGGUGUUUGCGUAUUGCCUCUCGGUGGGGCCAUGUCGGCGGGGGAGUUGGAGCGGCAGGCACGGGAGGACCCAUUGCAGGCAGAUCGCCGCGGGUGGAUGGAUGAGGCGUGGAGGAGGUUGAUGGCAGAGGGCCCAACUUACGUGCCUUGCAGCCUGUCAGUGCCAUCGUCCACCACUGAUGUCAUCACACCCGCAUAUGUGGAGGGUCCAGGCGCGGCACGGAGCCCCACACCUGCACCUGCUGCCCCCCCGGCACCUGCUAGGGAGUCUUCGUCUCCUCAGUCACGGAAGAAGAAGAUGAGAGCAGGGAAGAGUCUUAGUACCGUGAGGAGGGUGACGCAGACGAUGCGGGCGAGUCAGCCCGGGUUGGCCGGUUUACAUCCGCGGACUCUGGCGUCUUUGGGCGGGGACGUUGUCGCGGACGCAGUGGGAUGGUAGGAGAGGGCCUCCACCCGCGCAACGGAGCAGCCCAUGAGCGCACCUGCUGAGGCGACGGCGCUACGUACUGGAGGGCGUAGAGCGGGUAUGGGCGACCACGCCGAGCAAAGUGCCCCCCCCGGGAGGAGCAUGGGUGCACUUAUAUUGCGGAAGGAUGUGAGGGCAGUGCCUGCGCAGCGACCGUC